AGGAAGGCUUGUGGGCGCGUCGCGAGGGGUGACCCGACCCGUGGGGCCUCCGAGAAACGUGCGCGGAGGCCGAGGUUCUGCGAGGAGAGGCUCUGGCUCAGGGCGGGCUGGGGCGUGGAGCGCAGUCGGCUGAGCGGAAGCGUUGGUGGGCGCCGAGGCUCCGGGAAGGGGCAGAGCAGGCUUGAGAGGAGGUAGGUGCGUCGAGUCGCACGGCUUCGGGCUGGACUCCGGAGCGGAUCGAGGGCUUCCGGGGGCCGUUCCUCUCGGCUCUGCCAGCGGCUUUCCGUUGUCCUGGAUCCGGGGACCAGGUUGCCAUGGAAACCCUUGCGCCGGACCGACUGUGACUGUGCCUUUUACCUGCAGCUGGAAGUGUUUGUUUAAUGAAUGACCUAUCUAUUUAGACCCUGAGGAUAACCCUGUGAAUUGUUUUUCCUCUUUUCUGCCAUUUUUAACAGCUAAUAUUUAAGUGGGUCUGGCCCUUAGUGUUGACUUCAGUAUGUUGCGACGAAAACCAACCCGCCUAGAGCUGAAGCUUGACGACAUUGAAGAGUUUGAAAGCAUUCGGAAGGACUUGGAGACCCGUAAGAAACAAAAGGAAGAUGUGGAUGUUGUAGGAGGCAGUGAUGGAGAAGGUGCCAUAGGGCUCAGCAGUGACCCCAAGAACCGGGAACAGAUGAUUAAUGAUCGAAUUGGUUAUAAACCCCAAGCCAAGCCCAACAAUCGCUCAUCUCAAUUUGGAAGUUUUGAAUUUUAGAGGUGGAUUUUCUUGCUUCCCGAGCCCUGGAAUGGUGUAAAAUGAUGGCAGAAGUACAAACGCAGUUCAGGGAAUUGAGUGCUUGUAGUCAAGCAGAAUAUUUUACCUCCUGCAGAGGGAAAUACUUCUGCAUGAGAUUACUGAAAUCCAAACUCUGGUUUGUCUCUGGAGAAUUUGACUCUAUAAAACUUGUCUGAUUUUCAAUUUUAAAAAUAAAUAUAUUUUUGGAAAAGUAUGAGACAUCCUUAAUGAAGUAUAAUAGUACAAUUAACACCCAGACUUUAAAAGGUAAUUGCUACAGAGGUGACGUCAUUCUUCCCAUCUUUAUGAAAAGACCCUGCGCACAGAACACUUCCAUUUCAUCCUUAUAACUGACUUUCAUUUAACUCACUUAUUCAGCAAGUAUUUAUUGAGUGCCCACUAUGUGCCAGGUACCAUUCUAGGCACUUAGUAACAUCAGUGAACAAAAUCAACAAAGAUCCCUACCCUUGUGGAGAUUAGAUUUUAGUGAUUAUGUGUAAAUUUGAUCUUCCAUUCUGAACUUGUUCCUCUGGACCCCCCAAAUUCCUUGGAGGCUUAGUGGAAACUUUUCCUUUUCUGUAAUUAAAGCACAUACACUUAGUAAAUUGAUUCUUCUCAUGCAGUUUUCCUUUGAAUCAGGCCUCACACUUCCUGAGCAUAGUAACAGAACAGGCAUUGAGUAUUCCAUCCCCUGGGGUUUCACAUGAAGCCUGGGUGGUCAGCUGGUGGGGAGGAGGGAAAGGAGAGUUUAACCAAAGCAGAUCUCAUGAGGGCUUUCCAAACUACUCUUGUGUGUAGAGUUCUGCUUUUCUGCUCAUGAGUAAAUUUUCUAUUCCACUUAUUUGAUCAUAUAGCAAGGGGCUCUAAGAACCAAGUUGGCCGUGGAUUUAUCAUUGUUGAUUGAAGCUGAGUGGUGGGUGCAGAGGGAUUCAUAACAUGAUUUUUUUCUAUUUUUGUAUAUGUUUGGGAAAAUUCUCUAAAAGAUUAAAAAUCAUGGAUUGUGGAGUGAAAAGCGUCUUGAGCUGAAAUUCUAGCACAGUCACUUUCUUGCUGUAUUAUCUGGAGCCAAUGAUUUAAAUUUGUGAGCCUUUGUCUUAUCAAUAUGAUGGAGAUAAUAUAUAUCUAAAAGGACUACUGUGGAAAUGGAAUGAAACAGUGAAAUGAGCUUAGCUCCAUGACUGGUCCAUAACAAGUGCUGGAUAAAUAACUAUCAUUGUUGCUAUUAUUACUCUUUUAUCUUUUUAGUUUUGUGAGUUCCUUACAGAAGAUACUGUAAAUUAUUGAGCAGUGUAUUCAUUCUAUCUAGUUCAAUUCCAAGCUCAUAUGACAAAAAUAUUGGCUGAGCUCCUCCAAGGUGCCAGGCAUUUUCUAGAAAUUAGUGAUAGAGCAGUGAACAAAGUAGAAAAAAAGAAAACCCCUGCUCUUAUGGAGAUUAUAUUGGGAUGGGAGUUGACAGGAAAUAGACAUAGUAAGUAUAUAUACUUACUAUGGCUUGGAUGCCUAUAAGGGACUUUAUACAUAUCGCUCCUAAUUCAAACAAAUACUAUUACUGCCUUUUUAUAACAGAAAACUAAGGCUUAGGGAUUAUUAAAAUAACUUGCUGAAGGUCACAUUUCUAGAAAGUGGUGGAGCCAGGACCCAAACCCAGGUACACUUAACUCCACAAAGUCCAUGCUCAUCAUAUUGUACUAUGGAAAAGACUGGAAGUGGUGCUGAAUGGCAAAGUGGCCAUCUGGGGUCCAGUAGGAAGGGCAAAUAACACCAGGAUUCUCGCAUUACCAAAGGGUUAGGCACGGCCAAUGCUCACCUCAAGGCUCAGCAGUGAAGUUCCUUAGAGGCCCAACUCAGAGCCUCUUGCCUGACACCAUAAAUAUAGGGAGGAGAUUUCUGAUAGGACAAGUUAGCUUUUAAAUUUGGGAAUUCUUGGUAUACUGAGAUAUUUGCAGCUUCAGGAAGCUCAUCUGUACAAAAGUCCAUGUAGCUGCAUCAUGGACUAGCUUGUCAUUUUGAGUAGAGGAGGAGGAGAAUGAUAUGAAAACAGGGACCAUGCCACCUAAAACUGACAUCUUAAAAACUGAUGGUAAUGGCCAAGACACUGUGUGCACAAUAAGACACCACGUAUUCUGAUAUCACUUUGGGUAAAAGAACAUGCAUAGGAUCACAAAAUCAAAAUAUUUAUUUUCUUCUUUUGUACACGACACUGUUAAAACAUUCCUACUGUAGCAAUACUGCUCUCCAGGAGCUUACAAUCUAAAACAGUCAACAUUAACUGUGGACCCAGUAAUUAAGGCAUUACAUCAAAUGCAGACUUUGUAUCUUUAGAUAUAUCUUCUGAAAGAAGCAGCUGGGAAGGGCAGGAUCAAAAUUAAAUGACAUGAAAGUGUACCUCCUGCUCCCUCCCCUUCCAGCUCCUAACCCUUUAUGGCUAGAACUCAAGACCAGUGCCCCACAGCCUGAACGGGAAUUCCAGACUAUCCUACCAUAGAAGUAGUGAGGAAACCUUAAUCUCUACUUCCCUGAUGGACACAGAGGAAGUUUGUGGGCAUUGAGGAGCUGAGUGUUCCUCCAGCAUAGACUGGAGAGCGCAACUAAGAUUCUAUAAUUGCAGAUGGCACCAGAUAGCCCUUUACCCAACUUUAUAGAAAUCCCAGUGGACAACUGCUCCUCAAAACGUGCUUAAGGUCUCUACCAAGUUUUACAACUCCUGGUUGGUAUCUAUAUCUAUUGCAUAGGCAAUGUUCUACAUCAGGAAGGCAAGGGAGAUUUGAUAAAUUAGAUAUAUGGGAUAAAAGAUGUUAACUUCUAGUUAUGAAAGACAGAAAAAGGAAAUGGAGAGCAAAAUAGGUGCCAAAGAAAUAGGGAUAAAGGCUUCUAAAAGAUUUGAACAGGGAAGGAGGAAAAGAGUAAUUUGGAUCCAAAAGGAACAAAGAAGUCAGGCACUAAAAUUUCAAAUGAACAGGGAUAUAGAAAUGAAAGUCAACAAGAUUAUUAUAUUAUCACAAUCAAGAGCUCAAGAAAGAAUGAAUUUAAACUUUAUUAUUAUUUUUCUCCUUCAUUAGCUUCUUGCUUUGGCAACCUAGUCUAAGAAUUGCUGGAAUUCAGGUUUUUCAGGAGACUCUAUCUUGACUAUCUGAAGACCUAGCCCAGUUUCAAAUUCAUAGCACUUUGUCUUAACUGGCCUUGAUUUUUUUUUUUUACCUUAAUUAUAAGGUCCUGUUCCUAAAAGGUUAUUUUAUAGCAGCUCGUGCCAAGAUUUCUAGAGAGCACCAGGGUCACUACAAAAUAUUAUUUUAUUUUUCAAAGUUUUGUUAUUCCUUGGCUUCUGAGACAAUAACAGGCUACAUAUACCUUAAUGUUGGACUCUGUCAGUACCAGUCAUUCACUCUGCUCAUGCUAAGUAUCAGCACUACAAGGGUUGGAAUGAGAGAAAAGCACAAAGCGUUGGUUCUUAGGUUUUAAUCUCGAUCCAGUAGGCUCAUAACCCUCUCUUCGUUCAAACCCAUGGAACUACACAUUCCUCACUCCACUAUUUAACUGUACCCACAGAGAAAGUACAAACUUUACAACCACAACAUAGGCCACCUAGAUAGCUGUGUCCUCUCUUCUGCUCUGAGGCACAAGUGGAGUCUAGCACCAAGGAGGGCAGGAUUUAACAGACCAGCAUUGAAGAGUCACUUUAUAGAGGUAGUUUGGACUAGGAACAAAGCGGCAGCAUAGACUAACAACUAAAAAGCCAAUGUGAUUCUUGAUGAGAAGAGAUUUUGGCCUCCUGUAAUCUAAGCCCCC